UCGUAUUUUUAACCUUAUUUUCAACACCUUGCAGUAAAAAUGCAACAACUAAACGCCACUGGUCGCAUUUUUUCUUUUUUCUGUUUUCAAAGCAAAAAGGGGAACCUUUAUGCACAGCUACGAAAUAUCCACCCAGCAGCAGGACUUACUUGUGAGUCUCAGUCGAGGUCAGUGAUGCUUCAUCAGGACCAACCUCUGAACUCGGCCUAUGGAGGGAAACGAGGCUCCGACAAUGGCUCCUCAUCCUCGCUGCGAAACAGGAAGGCCGACAAAGACGGCAACUUCAACUUCCUGCCAGGCAAAGACAACGAGGUCCACACAGGAAGUAGAGGAGGAGACGAGAACCGAAACCAGGUGCGUCCACGCAACUUAGGUCCACUUGGUCGCGACCCUCCGAACUCCUCACCAUCCUCUGGGUAUCACCCCAACUCAAGCGUGCUGUCGCCGCGCUCCCGCCUGCCAUGCUGGAGCCCGCUAGAGCCCCUGCCUGAAAUCGAGACCGGGGAUGAUGGGUACGGCCGGGUUCCUCCUGAUGGGGCAGAGGAGGGCAGAAUGGACGAAGAAGGGAGGAGGGUGAUGAUGAGCGACAUGGAGGAAAAGCAGAGGGAGAUAAGGGAGCAGCAGAGGAGAAAAAUCAAGGAAGAGGAAGAAGACGGUGAUGAAUGGGGGGGCGACAGCAACUCUGAGUCUGAGUUCUCUGGUGGUAGUAUGUCCUCCCUCAACAUGGACAGCACAGGUGAAGGGAUGCUUAUGGGAGGCUGGGAUCGCAUUGGAGUCGGGGAGCCAAAAUCGACCCUCCAGGAAGUCGACCAAACCAGGAUCAGCAGCAGAGAACUAUCUGGAAGACAAAGAAAGGCCCAGAGCAAAUCUCUGACUGAAGGAAAUCCUCUAGAGGAGGGAACACAAGAACAAGAAGAUGAAGACGACGACCGCUCCUCAGACUCCGAUGGCGAGAUGCCGGAGCUGAUGGAUGCUGUGUGGACACUGCGAGACCGUGAGCACUUCAAGGCCCAGGAGAUGGAGAAGCACCAGGUGCAGCUCACCAUGUACCGCCGCCUCGCUCUGAUCCGCUGGGUCCGUACACUGCAGAACCGCAUCCAGGAGCAGCAGAACCGCCUGCAGUCCAGCUUUGAUGUCAUCCUCACACACAGGAAGGAACUGCUGCGCAUGGGCGCUGCUAACGCUGUCGCCAAUGCCACACCCCCUGCUGCUGUCAGCCAAUCAUAAAGACAGAAGGAGAGGAAGAGGAGAGACUGAGACAGGAAGGGGAUGAAAAACUUUUGCUCUGUUUUCUUCCAUUCUUAAAGGUAUAAUACACAACUGUCAGAGUAGAUAUCCCACAGUUGUUUCACUUCAGCUCCAGCCUGUCCGACCCAAACAGUUUUUCUUUGGACAUGCCUUUACUGUCCCUCAGCGCACCACUUCCCCUACUCCUCCUUCACUGAUCCAACCAAGUGCCACAGACAAAUUCUUUUAUUUGGCUCAGUCCCAGUUCACUCCUUGCCCUGACAAACUGAGCCCUACAUUUUGCCAUUUUGCAUAUUCACAUCUAGGGGUAGGUUGUUCUGAUUGUUGUUGCAAUUAGGGGCAGGGUAAAGUUCUAGGGCUACGUGGCCCUUCAUACAGAGAUUUUCCAGAGGAACACUCCAAAUUGAUUGUUAUGGAAAUCUUUCAUAGUUCCUGACAUUUUAUAAAAUGCUUGUUGUUGAAAGUCCCAUAUUGGCAUUUGUUUAUGUUAUGGUGGCGACAGCUUCUGAUAAUGCAUCAGGAGGUUAAAGAGUCUUAUUUCAUGGGGAAUCAUGACCACUACCCCUUGUAACUCUGUUUCAAGAGGCAAGGCAGCACUAAAACAAGAUGUAGGGAUGUAUGGAAGGCAAAUGGUGGACUGGGAUUGACCCCCUUGUCUCCACUUAGGUAUGGUUACAAAGGUGAGGCAACCAGAAGUUCACUCAUUCCUAUGGGAAUUUCUGUGAAGUGGGAUGUGCCAGGGAAACUCCUCUCCUCCAUAUUAUUUUCAUGAAUGCUGCUGUUCCUGCUAAUAUGUAGAAAAAAAAACACUUUUUUGACUUUCAAAAGACUGUGUGACAGUGUACUAUCUUAGCAAACAAGCUGCUAACUAGCUAACAGGCUAUGAUGAGUAAAAUAUAGAUCAUCAGUCAAUAUAAAGUGCUGUCAGAUCAUCUUGGCACUUUGAAAUAUACAGUUAUGUGCAUAAGUUUUAGGCAUGCAGGGCGCUAAGGAUUCAUCACAAGGUGCCAGAUUGAAGCUCGAUGAAUAUCAACAUACAUGUCUGUCUCUCAGCCCUCAAGGUCAUGCUUGAAGGCAUUUCUUUUGUUCAGGCCUUUUCACCUCUAGUGAUACGCCAGCAGUUUUCAGGCCCUUGGGACAUCUACAGCACAAUCCCACCCUAGUGGCUACCCUACUACCCACUCAGUCACUACCCUAGGCCAUGCUUACUCGCCACAUCCACCCCUUACUCUGCCAUAAAGGUGUGGACUUGGACAUCCAGUGCAUGACCAGGGUUGUGUCAAUCCUCCCUCCUGCCCAAUGGCGCCCUCAGGCAGGCUUACUCGCCAUUGCAUGCCUUAAUUCAGCCUCAAUUUUGGGCCCAAUUAUGCCUAAAAGUUCUGCACAGUCCUGUAUUUGGUACUGUAUUAAAAAGUGCACUUCCUUGCAUUGGACACAUGGAGGUAUUAUCUGUAUAUUUAUGGAUAUACAGACAUCAGUCACAUACAUAAGUGGGAAUUAGGGUUCAGCCUUAGAUUUGAAAAACCUAUUGGAUCUUGGUCAAUGUCUUUUAUGGCCAGCUGAUUUCAAAUUUGACAUGGGAAAUCCAAAAUCAAGAGCAAGGGGAACAUGGGAAACCUGCCCUUGGCCCUUUCAGGUAAUUCAUAUUCCACUGAGAAUCAAAAAACAAAACAAAAAAAAAAAACUUUUUUUGAAUUUUUCGAAAGAAUUGUAAAAAUGAAAAACAGAAUGCAGGUAAUAUAACAUUCUUUCUUUCCUAUAUGUGUGACCCACUGCAGGUAUUGUAAUGAAAGAAUGUUACAUCACCAGUUCUUUUAUCUUCUUUUUUGAUCAGAACAAGAAUAAGAUGAAAGAGGUACAGUUUUUUCAUUUUUUCCUAUUGGUUUGAUUAAAAAAUAAAAAGAAACUAAAAAUAAAAAACGAGAAAUCUGAAGUGGGAUUUUUCUCAAUUUUUGAUCCCCAAUUUGAUAUGAACUGCUCAGCAACAGCUUGUUUCUCAAUUUUGGAUUUCUCAUUUCAACUUUAAAAUGCAUUGGCUGUAAAGUACACUGACUAUUCUUCUGACAUUAUCUGUACAUACAGAGUCUCUACCUAGGGUCUCCUCUCUUCAGCCAUGUGGUGGUCUGACUUAUAGUUUGGCAGGGAGGGGGAAAAAAUUGUAAAACAUGCUGGGAAGUGGAAGUGGUGCCAUCAUUGUGAACACUGUGCUGGAACAACAAACCCAUAGGGAGCUUUACUUCACUCAUGUAAUAGAAAGUCAAUACUCAAUGAUAUAUUUAGUCAGAGUAUAUUGGAUAUCUCCUGUAUAAGCAUUUGAAAUGUUGCAUAUUAUACCUUCUAAGUAUUUCCUGUGAAAUAAAGGCGAAUAUGUCCUUUCAUUUUGUCUUACAGGUUUAAACUCCAUGGUCAUGUUUCUGAUUAUUCUGUCACAAAACUUCAAUUUCCUUACCGCUGCCCUACCUUGAGCUUAAUAAAUGUAUCAGACUCAUUAAGAGAACUGGAAAUAACCUCAAACUAAUGACGAAGGAUGUACUUGGAGAUGAUGAACACUGUUGUGUGCUAAAUACGAUAUUUAUGUCAAAAAUAGUCAGUGUGUUUAUGCUGUUCUUCUUUGUCUUGAUAUGUGUGUAGAAAGAAAAACCCUGCUGUACCAAAAGAGUUGAAAAAUAUAACGAUUAUACAUCAGAGAUGAUUUAUAUAAUAAGAUAAUGCUGUGUAUAGAGAGAUAAUAAGAAAAUU